AUGGAGGCCGAGGACCUCCGGGAGGAGCUGACCUGCGCCAUCUGCCUGGACUAUUUCGAGGACCCGGUGUCCAUCGAGUGCGGCCACAGCUUCUGCCGCGGCUGCUUGCGCCGCAGCUGGAAAUGGAGGAGAAGACCACAUAGGCUGCUGUUAUUCCAUUUUAAGCAGGAGGAGAAACUUCUUAAGUCUCGAUGUAGUCUCAUAGCCAUGAUGAAGAAAGCUAUGCAUUUACAGGACGUGGAAGUGAAGAACGCUACAAAGUGGAAGGAGAAGAUGAAGAAUCAGCGAAUGAGAAUCAGCAUGGAGUUCUCAAAGCUGCACCACUUCCUGACUGAAGAAGAGCAACUGUUUCUUCAGAGACUGAGCAAAGAAGAAGAAGAGACAAAGCAGAAACUGAGUGAGAACAUGCUAAGGCUCAAUCAGACAAUCACUUCCUUGAAGAAGCUCAUCUUAGAGGUGGAGGAGAAGAGCCAGGCCUCCACGCUGGAAUUGCUUCAGAAUCCAAAAGAUGUGUUGACCAGGAGUGAUACCCAGGAUGUGAACUAUUCCCCUGAAGUUCUAAGGGUGAAGACACCAUGCCAGAUUCCAAUGAUGAAAGAAAUGUUGAAGCGAUUCCAAGUGGCUGUAAGCCUAGCUGAAGACACAGCUCAUCCCAAACUUGUCUUCUCUCAGGAAGGAAGAUGUGUGAAAAACACAGCAUCAGCCAGUACUUGGCCAGUAUUUUCUACAGCAUGGAACUACUUUGCUGGAUGGAGAAAUUCUCAGACAAACACACAGUUUGCAGAGAGAUUCCAAUACUUACCCUGCGUUCUGGGAAAAAACGUUUUCACUUCAGGGAAACAUUACUGGGAGGUUGAGACUAGAGAUGGCCUGGAGAUUGCCAUGGGGGUGUGUCGGGAGGAUGUCAUGGGGAUUACUGAUAGGUCAAGAAUGUCCCCCAAUGUGGGAAUCUGGGCUAUUUAUUGCAGUUCAGGUGGCUAUCGGCCCCUAACAAGCCUCUCUGGAAUUCCUACCAAGCAAGAGCCAGCUCUUCAGCGGGUGGGAGUUUACCUAGAUCAUGGGGCAUGUAGUGUCUCCUUCUACAGUGCUGUGGAUGGAGUACACUUACAUACUUUUUCUUUUUCUUUUGUCUCACGCGUCCGGCCAUUCUUUUGGUUGAGUCCAUUAGCAGCUUUAGUCAUCUUACCAGUGACUGAUAAGAAAUGAGGCUAUUAUUCUCCUGCUCAAAAUCCCGUCCCUGUAUGCCAGCUCGGGACUAUAUAUCCCCUGGUCCUCUUUCACUUCAUGUGUCUCUGUCCUGGGUCUCCCUAAUUGAACUGUUUGUUGUUCACCUUUCAUGUGCUUCAGAAGAGGCAGUUCCAUGGGGGCAAUUUUGACCAAUGGAAACGGGACAGGAAAUUUUCAAAGGUGUUUCUGGGGAGUAUUUUUGUAGCUUUUAAAUAAGAUUUUUGGAAAGACAGCCCCACUUUUGAUGUUAGCAGCUGUGCUGGAACCAAGGAGAACACAUGAACAGUGGAAAGGUAGAAGAAACAGUCUUUGAUGCCAUCAUUAAACUUUUGAAAUUUCCUAAUCCUAAACUUGUUAUAUGAGGUAAUUACUCCCUUAUUGUAUAAAACAAUUUUAAUUGCAUUUGGUUACUUGUAGCCUGACAUACCCUGAUACUAAAGUGUGAACAUUCUACAGUAUCUCUGUGAAACAUCUUACAGUAUCUCAGUUUUGUGAAAUUUGACAAAAGCAUAGAAUUUUUUUCUCUUAUUUCCUACAAGCACUGAUUCUCCUGCUUUCCUGGCUCAGGAAAUUAAGGAAAUUUCCCCUCACUCUGCCCACACUGCUCUUCCCUUCUUCCAGACCAUGUCUCUGCCCUCAACUGUUUACUGCGCUGUAUGUGUGUCAAGUUCAUAUAUCACUUGUACAGGGUUAUUAAUGUCAUGAGGAUAUUGAGAAACAGUUAAAUAUUUACAUAACCUGUUCGUAUAAUGCUAUUGCACAUGACUUUCCACAGCUCGGUGAAAUGGAAAUUAAAAUCUUAUUAAAAGGAAAAAACUGAACUCUUUAGCUUAGUAUUGUGUCGCUGGCAAAUGGGAGUGUUGAGAUUAAAAUCCAGAUUUGUCUAAGGUGAAAGCACACAUUCUUUUCUACUCUAUCUUUAUUUGAAGGCAUUUAUGAAAUGCUGAGUGAGCUUCGCCUCAUCUUUGUUUCAGGCUAUUUUGUUAUUAAUAUAUGUUUUAAUCCUGUGUAUGUUCCCUUCUGCUGUAGAUUGUAUGUAUUCAGAGGACUGAUAGUUACUGGAUAGACAUUUUUAAAAUAGUGAUUGUUUCUCUUUGGCUGUAAAAGUCAUGUGUACUUAUUGUAGAAAACUUGGGAUAUACAAAAAGUAUAAAUUAAAGUUAUCCAUAACUUUACUACUAACACCACUACUAACAUUUCAAUGUAUUUUCUUCUAGACUUUCAAUAAAGACUUUCUGACAGUCACUUAAUGAAGAUUCUUAUAAAACUUCCAGUACCUUCCCUAACACCUCCUAUGUCUCAGCCCAUCCUGGCUGUAUAAAACAAUUUUAAUUGCAUUUGGUUACUUGUAGCCUGACAUACCCUGAUACUAAAGUGUGAACAUUCUACAGUAUCUCUGUGAAACAUCUUACAGUAUCUCAGUUUUGUGAAAUUUGACAAAAGCAUAGAAUUUUUUUCUCUUAUUUCCUACAAGCACUGAUUCUCCUGCUUUCCUGAGCCUGAGCAGCUCCAGCAUUCAGUAAGUUCUCUUGAGUUCUCAGCUUCCCAUGAUACUUGAUGUUAUGGGUUGAGUUGUGUUUCCCAAAAGGCAUAUUGAAGUCCUACCUGUGAAUGUGACUGUAUUUAGAAAUAGGAUCUUUGCAGAUGUAAUCAAGUUAAGAAGAGAUCAUUUGAGUGGGUCCUAUUCCAAUAUGAAUGGUAGCCUUAUAAGAAGAAGGAAGAAUCUAUACAUGUACACACACACACACACACACACACACACACACACACACACACACACACACAGGAAAAUGGCAGAUGAAAACAGAGGGAAGGUGGCUGUGGGAGACAGAGGCAGAGAUUGGAGUGAUGAGGCUACAAACUAAGAAGCAUCUGGGGUUACCAGAAGCUGGUAAAGGCCAGGGAGAAUCCCUUCCUAGAAACUUGGAAGGGAGCAUGGCUCCACCAACAGCUUGAUUUCUGGUUUCUGGCCUUCAACACUGAGGGUGGACAAUACAUUUUAAUGUUUUAAGUCACCCACUUUGUUAUGACAGCUCUAGGAAAUGAAUAAUACGUGCCCAUCAGGACUUCUCCAGCACCUGUCUUACUAACUUCUAGUCCUUUGGAAUCAUCAGUACCUUUCCUCCACUCUUCCUUCUGGGCUGUUGAACGACUGAUUGAUUCUGCUGUAAAUUCUUGCUCUCUGGCUUCAGGUGGUUUCUUUAAACCACGUAAUAAACUCUUUUUAUUCCUCAACUUCCCUUCGCAUCUUUGGUGGAAACAGUCCCAAAUCUUUUCCUCUGAAGCCUUCCUGAGUCCCCUUUAUACUCCCUUGCAAAGUACCUGCAUCUCCCACUGAGAACACUUUUUUUUUCCUUACUCAUCUUACUUUAUUCUUUGGGUUUUUGAGUCUUGAUAUUGUCCCCUCUGGUCUCAUUAGGUAUGGGAUGGGACCUAGUUGUAUUUUCUAAAAAGCAAAACAAAACAAAAAAACUCAACAAGCCUACAAACUUACCAUACUUUUUGAUGUACAAACAGGAUUGAGAAUAAGCUGCCAGUUGCAAACUAAAGAUAAAAUCCUAAGACUGACAGAAGACUGACAGAUUCUCUCUGGGCCAAAGGGAUUCCAGAGAAACCUGAGAAACUGAGUUCCUUGCCACUAUAGGUUGAAGGUUAGAUAUGCCCCCUCCCUUUUGGGAUUUAGACACAACUGACCAGCAUUAAUGUUAAAAAAAAAAAAAGAGACCAUGACUAACAAAACGGACGCGGUGACAAUGAAGUACCAAAUUGUAAACAGGAGCUAAGGUUGUGCCAGACAAGGCUUAAGUCACAUCCCUACAGGUCACUCUGACCCAGUGUAUGGGUUAACAGACUUCCUCAUGUUAAACAUUCCUUUCUGCUGACUCCACAUUUUUAGAUAAAGCUUUACUUAUUAAACCAAUUACAAAUUAAAGAAUCUCUGAACUCACCUGUAGUCUGUAAAAGGCUCUGCUUCAAGGUAUCCUGUGUUUUGGGGUCAAGCCAACGUAUAGUCUUCAUGUAUUGUUAUAUGACUUUGCCUGUAACUUCUACUUCCCUAAAAUGUAUAGAACAGUUGUGACCUGACCGCCUCAGGACCACCUACUCAAGGCUUCUUGGGUUUGUGUUUUUUUCUCCCAGGGCUGUUGUCACUCAUAUUGGUUUAGAAUAAAUCUCUUUAAAAUGUU